AUGAAUUGGGAGGUGAUUGCCCGCAUCAGCCGGCUAUGGGAUUCUAAGAACGUCCGAAAUAACAAUGAUCUCCUGAGUUUGGAUAUGCUUCUCUUGGAUGCAGAGGGAACACAAAUUCACGGAAAAAUUCGAAAGCGCCAGGUCGAAAUGUUUCGCAACAAAAUCAAAGAGGGACAUAUCUACGUGAUUAGAAAUUUCAGGGUUGUUGAUAGUGAUAACGCAUACAAGCUUGUGGGGGGAGACGUAUCGAUUAAUUUUUUGCCCAUUUCUUCCUUCAAAGAGCUAUCGGGAUAUGAUGGUCCACCCAUUGAACACUACAAAUUUCAUUUUCAAAAUCAAGAUGAGAUAAUCAAACGGCUAAACAACCACACAUAUUUGACAGAUGUUAUUGGGUUGCUCACUGGAAUGGGUAAAAUUGACAAAAUAACCGUAAAUGACUCUUUGGUUGAAAAGUUAGACUUGGAGAUAGAGAUUGAAGGGCAGUUCAAGUUGAAAACUACAUUAUGGGCUGAGAAGGGUAUGGAAUUUGAAGAGUCAAUGACUGAUAAGAACAAAGGCCCUUUUGUUGUUAUCAUCACUUCCACAAUUGUUAAAAGACUUUAUGGGGAUAUUUGUAUUUCAUCAACGCCAGCAACCAAAACAUUUGUCAACUUGGAUCAUCCAGCUACAAAACUCUUGCUAGAUACGUAA